AUGUCCUCAAAUCCAGAAAUUGAAUAUGGUUUUACUCCGGUAAUCUCUUCCGCAAGAGCCCUCCUGUCUGCGGCGAAGCCAUCCACUCCAGCGCCUUUCAUUUCUGUAGCCGAUAAUCCCAUCCCCAAAACUGCCUUGGCGCAGCGCAUCGAUCUCUAUGCGCGCAGCCAACUGCCUGAGCCCACAUACAAUCAUUCUCUGCGGGUCUAUCACUACGGCCUCGCGAUUAAGCGGCAUGUGUUCCCUUCCUGGUCUUUCACGGAUGAGACCUACUUUCUCUGCUGCUUGCUACAUGACAUCGGGUCCACAGAAGAGAAUCUGAACAAGACGAAAUUAAGUUUUGAGUUCUAUGGGGGCCUCCUAGCAUUAGGCGUUCUUCAGGACGGUACUGGGCCUUUCGGAAAUGCAGUUGCUCCCCGUGACCAGGCGGAGAGUGUCGCUGAAGCCAUUAUCCGGCACCAGGAUCUGUGUGAAGAAGGCAAGAUUACUGCAGUAGGUCAAUUGCUGCAACUGGCCACUAUAUUUGAUAACACUGGUGCUUACGCCGACCUCGUCCAUCCGUCGACCAUUGACGAGGUGUCACGGCGUUACCCGCGUAAGCAAUGGAGCACUUGUUUUGCUGCAACUAUUCGCCGGGAGAAUGAGCUUAAGCCGUGGGCGCAUGCCACAACUUUGGGGGAGGAAGCCUUCCCGUCGAAGGUUCUCGGUAACUCCCUGAUGGAACCAUACGAGCAAUCCGACAAUCUGGAACCGUAUAUAUAUUAG